AUGUUCUCGAAUGCGCUGAAGUCCUUCAGCUCCAAUAUCUCCGCCAACUACCAGAUCUCACCGCACCCGACCAUCUACUCGGGUCCUUGGAAAAUCCACGACGCGAAGAAAAAGUCGACGGGCACCCCAGCUUCAGUAUUCAUAUUCGACCGCAAGGAAGAUGUCAUUGAGCGGCUGAAACGGGAAGCGAGCAAUUUGGCUCGCUUGCGACAUCCCUCAAUACUGCAAGUGCUGGAGCCCGUGGAAGAGACUCGCAAUGGAGGUCUCAUGUUUGCAACGGAGCACUUGACCGCCUCCCUGUCGGGACUUUUGCUGGACAAGAACGAACAAGAGGGCUCGUCGGGCUCCAGUGCACGUGGCAGUCGUUAUGUGGUGCAGGAUGCCGAUGGCACAAGGCGACGGCGCGAAAUCGAGAUUGAUGAAUUGGAGAUUCAAAAGGGUCUGCUGCAAGUGGCCAAGGGUCUCGAAUUCCUCCAUGAAUCAGCUGGCUUGGUCCAUGGAAAUUUGAAUCCGGAUGCGAUCUAUGUCAACGCCAAAUCCGACUGGAAGAUCUCCGGUCUUGGCUUUGCUGGUCCCCCGGAUGCUUCAGAGACCCGAUCCACGCUACCUCCAUUGGCCGUUUCGGAAGUUCUGUAUCAGGAUCCUAGACUACCAGCAUCGGUGCAAUUGAACAUGGAUUAUACGUCACCAGAUUUUGCAUUCGACUCCAAUGUAUCUUCGGCCGCGGAUCUUUUUUCGCUGGGCCUGAUCAUAGUCGCGCUGUAUAACUCGCCUCAUCUGUCUCCCUUGCAGACGCAUGGCAAUCUGACCACGUAUAAGAAGCUCUUGAGCUCUCCAUCCACCACUCCAUCUCAGAACAACAACUUUCUUUGCUCCCAAACGAUCCCUCGUGAUGUUUUGUCCCAUGUUUUGCCACGACUGAUCACUCGAAGACCGGCACAACGCAUGAAUGCGCGGGAAUUCCAGCAAUCGCAAUACUUUGACAAUGUCUUGGUCUCUACGAUUCGUUUCCUGGAAACCUUGCCGACCAAGAACGCAAACGAGAAGACUCAAUUCCUCCGGGGCCUUCAACGCGUGCUUCCGGAUUUUCCAGUGUCUGUCCUGGAAAAGAAGUUGCUGGGGGCCUUACUGGAUGAGAUCAAAGACCGUGAAUUACUACCGUUGAUUCUGCAAAAUGUGUUUGGAAUCUUGUCCAGAAUUCCCAGUGGGCGCCGUGCACUGCCAGAAAAGGUCAUUCCGCGCCUCAAAGAAGUGUUUGGUACACCUUCUUCCAAACCGGCGAGCCAAGACCGGGACUCCAAGAAAGAUGCUGGACUCAUGGUCAUAUUUGAAAAUAUGAAGCUGAUUGCAGAGAAUUGCUCGGGCAGUGAAUUUAAAGAUGAUAUCCUUCCCCUGAUUAGAUUGGGCAUGGAUUCGCCCACUCACACCUUGGUCGAUGCCUCCUUGAAAUGUCUCCAUGUCAUGCUGCCAGUUCUGGACUUUAGCACUGUGAAGAAUGAGGUUUUCCCACCGAUCGCCACCACAUUCAGUCGCACCAGCAGCCUUGCCAUCAAAGUCCGCGGCCUCGAAGCCUUCAGCAUCCUUUGCGGAGCCGCGCCUACAGAGAGCAACGAUCUAGAGGACGAUCUCAACGGCACCGUUCAAACAAAGCCAUCCGCCAAACCUUCCAUCUUGGACAAAUACACGAUCCAAGAGAAGCUUGUCCCAUCCCUCAAGGCCAUCAAGACAAAGGAACCGUCCGUGAUGAUGGCGGCUUUGAAGGUCUUCCGCCAAGUUGGAAAAGUCGCGGAUACCGAAUUCCUCGCCCUCGAAGUUUUGCCCGUACUGUGGAGCUUCAGUCUUGGUCCCUUGUUGAAUUUGGAGCAAUUCAACGAGUUCAUGACAGUGAUCAAAUCCCUGUCAGGCAAGAUUGAAAAGGAGCAAAAGCGAAAGCUGCAGGAGCUUUCAUCUGGAGGUGGCUCCGGUGGAUUCCAAGCAGCAGCCAACAAUGCCGCAUCAUCUGCACCCGAUCUCACAGCACCAGACAUGGACGACGGCAGAACCAAUUUCGAGCGUCUCGUACUUGGAAAGAGCUCAGGAGCCACGAAUAGCCAAGAUGUUGAUCUCUGGGGCGGCAUGGUUUCAGAAGCCGCUUCAGCAAGCCAGACCCCCGAGCUGCCAGGUCUUUCCCGGUCGACAAGUAGCCAAACACGCCAUCAUCUGGCAUCACAGAGCCAAUUCGGGUUCCGAUCCAUCACCCCGGAUCAAAAGCUUGGCGCAAUUCCGUCCUUGGAGCCGAGCAGACAAUCUUCGCCGCCGAUAUCAUCCUUCCCAGCAAUGCAACCAUCAACCAACACUUGGAACAUGCAACCCCAGGGAGCUCAUCGAGGAGGCAAUACUGCAUUCAUGUCAGAAGCACCGUCCAGUCAACCCUCCAUAGCACGGCCAACAACGCUUUCACAGCAAGCUUCCAAUUACUCCGCCUUUUCCAUUCCUCCUCCUCCCAACAAUUUCAACAAUACGGCUUCACCAUCCAACACCCUUCGAUCUCCCUCACAAAACAUGCACCAAGAAUCAAAACCUGCGCCCUUUUUCCGCCAAUCCCAACAACAACAGCAAUUACAGCAGCACCAACAUCACCAACAACCUCAGAUCCCGCAAAAACAAGGUCUGGACAAAUACGAGAGUCUCUUGUAG